AUGGCGUAUUGUGUAUUGCCGAGGGAAUGUUCACGAGAAAUCCGUAAACUAGGGUCCUCGAGGUCUCUCAAUCAGGAUGGGAAAAUGGUGGAUACAAGGGCUUCUUUCAACUGUUUUUGUAGCUUAUGGAUUGUCAGGCCGAGGAGUGGCUUCCAUCUGACUAACAAGUUGAUUUCUGUGCACGAAAACCUGGAGUGGAGGAAAGGAAUACUACACCCAAUCCGGAGGAGUUUGAGAGAAAAAUUGAGGAAAAUUACGAUGCCGGUGAACAUGAUUCAGGACGGCGAUGGAUCAUCUCGGAUUAUAUUGACUGAGCCCGCCGGUUCGACAGCCGAGGUGCUUCUGUAUGGUGCGCAGGUUGUUUCUUGGAAGAAUGAACGAAGAGAAGAGCUUCUUUUCAGGAGCCAUAAGGCUCUAUCGAAACCUCCUAAGUCCAUCAAGGGUGGUAUCUCCAUUUGCUUUCCCCAGUUUUCCAACUUUGGUUCACUGGAGCAACAUGGAUUUGCAAGGAAUAGACAAUGGUCAGUUGAUGAUUCCCCUUUACCUACGCCUCCAUCUAACAAUCAGUCUACUGUGGAUCUUAUUCUGAAAUCCGCAGAAGGGGAUUUGAAGACUUGGCCACAUAGAUUUGAGUUGCGGUUACGUGUUUCUCUGAGUGCCAACAAGCUCACCUUGAUCCCUCGUGUGCGAAAUACUGAUAGCAAAGCCUUUUCAUUCACAUUUGCUUUGUGUAAUUACCUAUCUGUAUCUGAUAUCAGUGAAGUGCGUGUGGAGGGCUUGGAGACACUUGACUACCUGGAUAAUUUGUUGCAGAAAGGAAGAUAUACAGAGCAGGCAGAUGCAAUUACCUUUGACGGCGAGAUUAACCGCGUGUAUUUGAGCACACCAACAAAGAUAGCCGUAAUAGACCACGAGAAGAAGAGAACCUAUGUAAUGCGCAAAGAAGGCAUGCCAGAUGCAGUUGUAUGGAACCCUUGGGACAAAAAAGCGAAAGCUCUUCCAGAUUUAGGCGAUGAGGACUACAAAACUAUGUUAUGUGUAGACUCUGCUGCUAUUGAAACCCAAGUCAUCUUGAAACCAUCUCAAGAGUGGAAGGGCCGUCAAGAGCUAUCCACUGUGUCCUCAAGUUACUGCAGUGGACAAUUGGAUCCUCGUAAAGUCCUUCAUGGCUUCAGCUGA